CCCGCGCGGAUACAGUGUAGCCAGCGCCGGGCAGCGCCUUAAAGGGGCCGGCGCAGCCUGAGCCGAGGGGCGGCCUGAGCCCUGAGCCCUGCCCCAGCCAUGCGGGGCGCGGGAUGGAGCCGGCGGAGCUCGACGUGCUGGGGCUGCGGGAGCAGCUGUUCCACGAGCGGGUCCGAGAGUGCCUGAUCUGCACACUGCUCUUCGCCAGCCUCUACAUCCUGUGCCACUUCAUCAUAACCCGCUUCAAGAAACAUGCAGACUUCACCACAGUUGAGGAUGACGAGGAUGCUGCUGUCGACAGAAUUGCGCUGUCGAUGUGCACCUUCACGCUGGCUGUCUCGCUGGGAGCCGUCCUGCUGCUGCCCUUCUCCAUCGUCACCAACGAGGUGCUGCUGCUCUUCCCGCACAACUACUACAUCCAGUGGCUGAAUGGCUCCCUGAUCCACGGCCUCUGGAAUCUGGUCUUCCUCUUCUCCAACCUCUCCCUGGUCUUCCUCAUGCCCUUCGCAUAUUUCUUCACCGAGUCCGAGGGCUUCGCGGGAUCCAAGAAGGGCAUCCUGGCCCGAGUCUACGAGACUUUCGUGGUGCUGCUGCUGCUGACCCUGCUGGUGCUGGGGAUGGUCUGGGUGGCAUCAGCCAUUGUGGACGAGGAUGCGGGCAGCCGGGAAUCACUCUAUGACCUGUGGGAAUACUACCUCCCCUACCUCUACUCCUGCAUCUCGCUCUUUGGGGUGCUGUUGCUGCUGUUGUGCACGCCCAUCGGCCUCUCCCGCAUGUUCACCGUCACUGGGAAGCUGCUGGUCAAGCCCCGGCUGCUGGAGGAUCUGCACGAGCAGCUGAACUGCACAAGGUUCGAGGAAGCCGCCCUCUCCCGCAAGAUCUCUGCCGGUCCCACCUCCUGCUGGCUCAGCUUGAGUGCAGCUCUGCUCCGGGAGCAGUUCCUGGCCAUCCAGAGCCGGAGACUGGCGCUGGAGCUGCGGCGUGGUGCCUCGCCCUGGCAGCGGAAUCUGGGCUACCCCCUGGCCAUGCUGUGCCUCCUGGCGCUGACGGGCAUCUCUGUGCUCGUUGUCUGUUUCCACACGCUGGAGCUGCUGCUGGAUGAUGCUGCCAUGCCACGGGGGAUUCAGGAUGCGCCCCUGGGGCAAGUCUCCUUCUCCAUCUUUGGGUCCUUCGGUGCCGCUCUGCAGGUGGUUCUCAUCUUCUAUCUGAUGGUCUCCUCAGUCGUGGGCUUCUACAGCUCCCCCCUGUUUACGAGGCUGCUCCCUGCGAGGCAGGAUACCCCCAUGACCAAGAUCAUUGGGAACUGCGUGUCCUUGCUGGUGCUCAGCUCCGCGCUGCCCGUCUUCUCCAGGACACUGGGAAUCACGCGGUUUGACCUCCUGGGCGACUUUGGCAGGUUUAACUGGCUGGGGAAUUUCUACAUCGUUUUCCUCUACAACAUGCUCUUCGCUGCCCUCACCACCCUGUGCCUGGUGAAGAAGUUUACGUGGGCCGUGCGGGCCGAGCUCAUCCGAGCCUUUGGUUUGCACAAGCUGCCCCUGCCUGUGCCACGCACCCGCCAGCCCAGCAAGCUCUGCUAGGACGAGUCUGGCGCCAGUCAACGGCUGGGACAUGGGGGCUGCUGCGGCCCCUCUAGGCCAUGGGCGGGGGCCAGCCCCAGCCCUGACUCAAUGGAGUUAUUUGAGUCUCCUGCAUUCUGAGCCGAAGGACCGUGGACCCUGUGGAAGGGGUGGGGCCUGGAUGACUCCGCCUUGUCUGCUUCUGACCAAUGGCCUGCUGGCGAGAAGGGGCCAGGCUCCUCCUGUGGUGCUGAUGCUGCAUUGGGAUGGGGGACACUGAGGAGGGGUCUCCCCAGGUUGGGGAGACAAGAGAAUUUGUACCUGUGGGACUGCUGCUGAGCAGCCCCCCCCACCCCUGCUCGAGCCUCCG